GAAAUCUUCCGCAUUUGAAGAUCUGCAAAAAGCGCCGAACUUUAGGAUACGGCAUCAAGGAAUGCGGUCUGGGCCGGUGCGUGUGCAAGUGUGUGUGUGUGUGUGUGUGUGCGUGGGGGAAAAAAACCUCAAAACCGAAAGAGAAAGUUGAACAGGGUCAGUCAUGAAUCGUGCAAUAGUCCACCCUUUAAAUUUAUAAGCGGCUCAGAAGGGUUUCGUUACACUUCCUGAUCGUGUCGAAAAAGUGCUGGGCUUGUGAGUGACAGCGUUUGACACCAGCAGACAGAGCAGACAGUAUGGACACAGCCAGACCCUCAUCUGCUCACAAAACGGAUAAGAAAAGAUUCAUUAAGAGAGUGAGAAAGAGUCCCACAAGAUUCAAUCGUCCAUUUUUUCGAGGAAGAUAUCAGUGUGCUCGUUUCUAUUACCGGCCAAGAGAAGACUACUUUUCCCGGCGGCCUGGUUUUAGCUUGAGACUCCAUCGGUUCCAGAGAGGCUCCAAUCUUCGGCUUCCAUCUAGAUCUCGGAGCCCAAACUUGGUGCUGAGACACAAAAAUGCACAUUCAUCAAGCCAGCGUUUGGAAAAGAGGUUGGAGAAGAGCAUGUCCUCUCCAGUACAGGACAAAAAAGCAUUUAGCACACCAGAACGCUCACGGUCAUCUUCAGUGGCUUCAGAGAGACCUGCACUAUCAUUUACAGUCAAGCAGGAAGAGCAGAGCAGCAGUGGCAGGGAGUCUCUGUCCUCUGUAACUCGUGCAGCUGCCAGAAGUCGAGCCAUCCAAAGGAAGAGAGAGGAGAUAGAGGAGGUGUAUCGACAGGACUGCGACACAUUUGGUGUGGUGGUAAAAAUGCUUGUAGCGAAAGAUCCGUCCCUGGAGCGACCCAUCCAGUCUUCGCUGAGGGAGAACCUGCGUGAGAUCGGCCUGCGCUGUGUGGAAGCCAUGGAGCAGUUCAUCCAAGAGUAUGACUCGAGGGAGCUUGCCCCACCCCCGCAGUCCCAAAAUCACUGACACAGUGACACAACGACGCACACAUACACACGCACACAGAUACACACGCACACUGAUCUGAGGGUUGUGAAACUCCUGCUGUAAAUUUUGCUAUAAAUGUCCGCUUUCAAACUUUUUCACGCAGUAUCCACAGAGGAAAAAUGAUCAACUACAUGCAGAAUAUAAGUUUAUGUGGGAAUUCUUCUUUGAAUCGAGGACUUUGUAAAGCAGCGCCAUUGGAAUAGGGCAGUCUUCAGCCACAGCUACCUGAAGGAAGAAAAAUCUGUGACCACACAUGUUGUUGUGUAAGGAUCGUGGGUGCUAAAAAAAAUAUAUAUAUAUAAAAAAUAAAUCUGUGUUAAAGAUCUGCUUGCAAAACAACUCAGAAUAAGCUAAGAUGUGCUGAUUUGUCUUGGUUUACAGGUUUAACAAUAUAUUCAUAGAUUUUUAUUAAACAACAUAAUAUGCAUAUGCAAGGUUGUUGGUAAAAUGCAUCGAUAAUCAGAUUUUAUUAAACUACCAUUUCAGUUGGUUUUAUACCCUCAGACAGUUAAGGUCAAUUCAAAAGAUUCUCCAUAAAUCUUAGGGUUAAAGGCAGCUGUAUGUGCUAUUGUAAAUUAUAUUCCUUAGUUUUUCUUGAAGAAUUGAAAAUAUCUAUUAACGAGGUUUUGUACAGAACUGAAAACACAGGGAUAUAUUUUUAUUUUCUGUUGUAGUGAAAAUAGUUUAUAGCUCCCAAAAAUGUAAUUACUUUCUAAUUAUUUGCUUUGAUCCUCAGUGGUAUGAAGUUUUUAUUAAAAACAAGUCUUGUGAAAAGUAGAUGUUUUUAGGGCUCAUUAUGAAAUGUGUGUAACCUAUAGUAACUUUUCUGUCUGUUUUGCUGUCUUCCCGUUGAUAGGAAAGGAUGUUAUUUUCACACCAGGAUAUAUGCCUGACCAUACUCAUUUGUUCUUAAUUAUCUAUUUAAUGUAGAUUUAUUUCUAUUGAAAUACCAUACAUAUGGAUUAUCUAAAAAGAAUACUUGAAACAUGUGCAAAAUAGGAAACAGAAGUUUACUGUAAAAAUACAUGAGGUUGCAACACUUUUAGUGAACCCUUGUGAACAUUGAAAAUCAAUAUUUUCAGUUCUGCCUAAGUAAAUAUUUAAAAGCUUUUAUGUGUGUAUGUAUGUAUAAUGCAGUUGCUUUGCUUUUUGUUUAACUACUUGGAUUUUACCAUAAAUAAAUAAAAAUAUAUUAUUUAAAAUAUGAAUGCAAUUCACCUAUAGUAAACGUUUCAACAGGGUUUUUUGACAAAACAUUCUUGAAAUAUUAAUUUUGGAUGCUGUGCCAUGAUUGAUGUUAGGUUAUCAUUUUAUUUAGUUUGAUAAUUACAUUGGUUUAAUAAAAUAAUGUUGCACCAAUGUUGCACAGGGAUAAUGUUGAAUGAAUCUGUCUAACGCACAUUGUAAAUAUGACUUUAAAACUAGAUUUAAUAACAUUUAUUUUAUGAUUUUUAUGUCUUAUAAACCUUUUUUUUGCCUACUAUUCAAAUCUUAGUCUCUCCUUCAAAUAAAAAAUGAUUAGACAACUGUAAUUUACCAAACAAUAAAUUGGAAAGCAACAGAAAUAAUAAAAAUAGCAUAAACAUUUUAGGGUUGUAAGUUUGGAUCCAUUCUCUGAAUCCAGACCGUAUGCAGUUUGGUCAUUAUGUAAAUGCCAAAUUGCAAUGUACAACUGCAACAUUACCACUAGUGCUUGUUUUGCUGCAUUUGGAAGCCAUGAUGCACUUCACGCUAAAAUUUUCAAUAAAUUCAAAAGAGAAAUAACGCUACAACAAAGAAUGCACAAGUUCUUUGUACUGUAUACAAAUAAAAAAUUAAAUAUAUGUACACACACACAUACAAGCUGUUAUAUUCAUCACAUUUUCGAUUGGGAUUCUAAACAAGUUACAAACUGUAGAGACCACAGAUGUACUGUAUAUAUGGUCAAAUGUUGCGUGAAGAGCGGUUAAGCAGCA